AUGGCCGCCGAUCUUGGAACAGUGGAGCUGGUGGGGAUUUCCAAGGAGCAAGCGGUGUUGGUUGAAAUCAGCACCGUGGGUCAUUGGGUGAUACACCGCUGUCAUAACUGUGGCAUCUACACGCAUGCGCUCAACAGAGACAAGGGGGCCGCUAGUGUACUCGUCAACAAACAAUUGAUUUCUGACUCAUCUGUGAUAACGUCCCUGAAGAACAGUGACUCCUAUUCUCCUAUUUUUCAUAUCGUAGUCAAUUAUGCAGAAGAUGACGAUGUCUUCACCAAAGUAUCUGGAGACAGAAACCAGUCUGGGAUCAGCGGUCUGCAUCAGCAGCUGUUGUCCUACAUUCAGCGGGAAUCAGCGGCCACCGAGGAGAGAGUUAGAGCGUAUUCCGAUCAGCAGUUCGCGUUGCUAGAGAACCUUCGCACCAGGGCACAUCGUGACCACAGGGCUCUAACCAAAUUGCUGAGCGAGGUUGUAUCACAUGACCAGUCAAGUGCGCCUGUGAUAAAGUCGAGUCAGUCUCGGGAUGUGAGCAGUCGCAGUCCGAUUGUGCUUGCUUCGGCAUCUGCUGCCAUACGAAAACCAAAACAAAAUGUGCAGCAGUCAGCUGGCCGUUUAUCGGCAAGCAACCGUCGGCUGUCGGAAUCGACCCAGCUCGACUAUGAGCCGCUGUUCCCCCUGGAGGGCAUGGACGACCUUGACCUGGACUCCCCCGCUUGUGACACUUACCACACCGAUGAGGAACGAUCUGACACUGACGAAUCGGGCAGUCACGACGAGGGCAUCCACAUCCCACGUAGGGUUGGCUCGGUGGUCUGUGCCAGAUCGCUGCCUGUGAAUGUGCCCACCUUUGCCGCCGCCCCGCCACCAUCGCACCACGACGCGCGACUCGAGUCGCACGACGAGGCACUCGACGAGUCGCAGCGCGAGUCGCCCAUGGACAUCGCGGCCAGCAUCAAGGCGCUUGCCAAGAGUGUGCACGGAGACACUGUGUUUGGCGAUUUGCCGAGGCCCAGGUUCAGUUCACAGCUAUAGGAGACAGGUUAGGUCGCUUCAGGAGGCACUGGAAACGAUAUUUGGUAAAGGAAAGGAUGAAUGAUAUGUUGAGUAACUGAAAUUUAAUGUAGUAGAUAUCACUUGACGAAGCCCCAUAUUUGAUCUAGAAUCAGUUACAGGUUACAGAUACUCAAAAAGAACAGAUAUGUUGUGUAACUGAAAUUUAAAAGGUACAGCAAAUGAUGAAUAUGUUGUGAAACUGAGAUUUAAUGUAGUAGAUCACUUGACGAAGCCCCAUCUCAGAUCUAGAAUCAGUUACUGGUUACAGAUACUCAAAAAGAACAGAUAUGUUGUGAAACUGAAAUUUAAAGGAUAGAGCAAAGGAUAAAGAUUGUUGUGAAACUGAAAUUUAAUGUAGUAGAUAUCACUUGACGAAGCCCCAUCUUAGAUCUAGAAUCAGUUACUGGUUACAGAUACUCAAAAAGAACAGAUAUGUUGUGAAACUGAAAUUUAAAGGAUAGAGCAAAGGAUAAAGAUUGUUGUGAAACUGAAAUUUAAUGUAGUAGAUAUCACUUGACGAAGCCCCAUCUUAGAUCUAGAAUCAGUUACAGGUUACAGAUACUCAAAAAGAACAGAUAUGUUGUGUAACUGAAAUUUAAAGGGUACAGCAAAUGAUGAAUAUGUUGUGAAACUGAAAUUUAAUGUAGUAGAUGUCACUUGACGAAUCCCCAUCUCAGAUCUAGAAUCAGUUACUGGUUACAGAUACUCAAAAAGAACAGAUAUGUUGUGAAACUGAAAUUUAAAGGAUAGAGCAAAGGAUAAAGAUUGUUGUGAAACUGAAAUUUAAUGUAGUAGAUAUCACUUGACGAAGCCCCAUCUUAGAUCUAGAAUCAGUUACAGGUUACAGAUACUCAAAAAGAACAGAUAUGCUGUGAAACUGGAAUUUAAUGUUUUAGAUAUCACUUGACGAAGUCCCAUCUUAGAUCUAGAAUUAGUCACAGGUUAUAGAUACUCAAAAAGAACAUUUAAAGAGACUCAAGAGAUGGAGAAGUACUACAGACUUAGAAAAGGUUAGCAAGUAAGAUGUCGGUGAUCAUAAAAUUAAUGUUAUCUUUGAAAUAAAUUAAUAAUAAUGUCCACUCUUGAUAAGUUUAGUUAGUAAGGAAGAUUAAGUAAGAUUUUGCAUUAAUUAUUAUUAUUAAACGAAAAUCCAAAUUAAAUGCUGCAAUUCACCCCGAAGACUUCUGCGGGGUCUUACAAUUAAUUUCCACCUAAGAUUUUGCAGUUUGAAGAGUUACAGGAAGUGGUAUUACAUUGUGAAACUGAAAUUUAAUGUAGAAAUCACUGACCAAGCCUCAUCUCAUAUUUAGAAGCAGUUACUGGUUACAGAUAGGCCUGUUCAAAAAUAACAAGUAAAGAAAUAUAGAAGCAGUUACAGUGAUUCAUAAAAGGUUAUCAAGCAGAAUGUCGUUGAUGAAAAUAAAAAUCAAGCAAUGUUCUCCUUUGAAAUAAUGAUAAUGUUUAAUUUUGAUAUGUUCAGUUUUGGAAGAUUAAGCAGCUUGUGGUAAAGGAAAGAAAUUGUAUGAUUGUGAAACUGGAAUUUAAUGUAGUAAAUAUCACUGACGAAGUCCCAUCUUAAUCUAGUAACAGGUACAGGAAAUGAUGAAUAUUAUUGUGCAACUGAAAUUUCAUGUAUUAGAUAUUAAGAAGGAGAUUAAGCUGCUUCAAGAGGUACUGGAAAGGAUGCAUAUGUUUUGAAACUGAAAUUUAAUGUAGUAGAUAUAACUGACGAAGCCCCACUUCAGAUUUAGAAGCAGUUACAGAGACUCAUAAAAGGUUAUCAAGUAAGAUAUUAAUGAAAAUAAAAAUGUAAUGUUCUCUUUGAAAUAAUAUUGAUGGUGAAAAAAAUGUUUAAUUUUGAUAGGUUCAGUUCAGAAGGAAGAUUAAGCUUGUUCGAGGUACUGGAAAGAAAGUGAAUUAUUCUGAAACUGAAAUUUAAUGUAGUAGAUAUCUGACAAGACCUCAUCUCACUUCUAGGAGUAGUUACAGAAAUUCAAAAAAUGUUAUCAAGUAAAAUGUUGAUGAUGUGUUUGUGAUAAAAAUAUAAAUGAUGUAAUGUUCUCUUUUAAAUAAUUAUGAUGGAUAUGAUAAUAAUAAUAAUGUCAAAUUUUGAUAGGUUCAGUUAUCAUAUCUAAAAUCAGACGCAGAAACAGGGCUGAGUGGGAGAUUAUUUAUUUAUAUUUAUUUAAUCAUUCAGAAUUGCAGAAAAGUACUACAGGUUUACGCCCAAAACGGCUCCAAUUCUAAUUUAUACAACAGUACAAAAGUAGCUAGGUUAUGUGUCACAUCAAAAUUCUUCAAAUAAGCUACGUUUACACCAAAUUUAAUUCUUAUCGAUUCUAUUAGAUAACUUAUCAUACACAUGAUGAGCAUAUGUUUUUGUCAAAUUCCGUUCAAUCUAAUAAAAUCUAUAAGAAUUAAGUUAUUAAAAUUUUGUUAAUAACUUUGGUGUAAACGUAGCUUUACACACUCAAUUUAUAAUUUAAAACACACAAAAAUCAUUAUUAUGUGAGGUUAAGCUGAUUGAGGUACACGAAAGAUUAUGUUGUGAAGCUAGAAUUUAAUGUAGGCUAGUAGAUAUCUGACAAGGUCCCAACUCAAAUCUAAAAGUAGUUACUGAGAUGAAAAUAAGGUUAUCAAGUGAGAUGUUGUUGAUGGAAACAAAAAUUAAGUUAUGUUCGCUUUUAAAUAAUUAUGAUGAUAAUAAUAAUGUCCACAUUUAUUGGGUGCACACAUUUAAAUUGUCCAAUUUUAUUGGUUGAGCCUCAUAAUAAAUUUGAAAUACAGUGUGAAACUUGGAGGAAGGAAAAUAACCUUGGGUAUGCAUGGCUACAUUAAAUUUGACAAACCAUUGCAUAGACACGACACAGUAUUGUAAUUCUUGGAAAUUAUUUAAAAGUAGUUGAGUAUGUCCAACGAAUGUAUCUUCCAUAAAUAUUUCAGUUUUAUCAUGCCUUAAACUUGAGAGAAAAUAUAAAUUGGAACUGGAAUCUUCCUGGCCAUAAUCUCUUCUAAAGUCUUUAAAAGUUUCCAAAGUCUCCUAAAUCUUAACCACUUCUCUGAUCUAAAAGUGCUUUCAUUAAUACCAGAAAGAAAUAGUUACUGAAUGGGAUAUCUUAGCUUUAAAAUAAAAAAUUGUGGUACUAAAAUAAUGUAGGUAGAUACAGUUUUCCAUCUCAGUUUCUGUUUUCAAAUCUAGAUGUAAUUUGGAAGACUGUGAGUAAAGAUGUUACUUGAUAGAAUACAUUAAGAAAUGAAUCUGUGUGACUCCAAAUUUUUGUGUUAUGUAAUGACAAAAUGAAUCAAACUUAUCCAGUACUCUCAUCAUUGUUUUUAGCUUUUAAUAAUAAAAAAUUAUAAUGGACAAUUGAAGUGAUAUCAUUGUUUCUAUGAUUAUAAUGUACCAGAAUGUUUUGUAUGUUGGUGAAAGUUUUUGUACUAUUAGAAUAUCAAUUAUAAUACUUUUGAAGGAAUCAAUUUGAAAACUUAUAAAUGUAACGACAUUACAGACUAAAUUUCAAGUAUAUAAUAUCCAAAACUAUCUCUCCACUUCACAAGAAUUGAAAAAAUGAAUUGAUUCAUGCACUGGCUUCGAAUACAAGAGAAAUUGUACUAACUACCAACUGGAAAAUUCGAGUUUCUCUGUUUCUAUCUUUAAACUCUCUUCAUUUUCUUGAAAACCCAAUCUGAUUCUGAGGGCUGAAGAAAGUCAUCAUAUUUGUACGAUAUUUUAGUGAGAAAACCCGGAAAGUCAGAAAUUUCUAUAAUUACUAGCGUCAUUAUAAAAUGUGUCAUUGUUCUUCGAAUUUCUAUUAUGGGGAACAUUAUACUCUGAUAUUGAAACAAAUAAGUGAUAAUGUAAUGCUUAUGAUAUAAGAAAAUACAGCUACUAUUUCUUAAUUAUUUUCGUAUAUUUGUAAGUUUUAGCACAUUUUGAGUGCUUAGUAGUUUUUAAUACUAAAAAUGAUAAUUUUCUAAUAUUAUUGCACACGCUCUAAUGUUGUAUUAUUUUAUAGUUCUAUGAACAGUUGUAGGAAAGAUUUGGUAAAAUUUUUGUAGUGUCUUAGUAUUUUUAAUCAAAUCUUGUCUAGACUAGAAACACAAUUUUAAGAGUAUGGAUAACAUUGCUUAUGAAUGUAGUAAGAGAAUAACAUCAAUGUAUAUGGUAACAAGUCAUUUUUUGUUGAAUUUCUUUUUAUGAAAUUUGUUACAAAUCGAAUUUAGAUUUUUAUAAUGUUUAUUUCAAAUUAAAACUCGAUGAAAAAA